AUGGCCGCGAAACUCAUUGAUAGACAAUUCCACAACGUCCCCGGAAAACUCCGGGUGGCCGAGCUGUUCUUCGAAGUCCCCGUCGAUUACAGCAAGCCAAAUGACGGCACGUUGAGGCUGUUUGCCCGCAGCAUCUCACGUUUGAACAAACCCGUGGAGCCCACCAAGGAAGAGACCAAGCUUCCUUGGCUAGUUUACCUCCAAGGUGGACCGGGGUUUGGCUGCGGUACCCCGCAGAACUACGCCUGGGUUGAGCCAGCCCUCAGUAAGGGGUAUCAAGUUCUCUUUCUGGACCAGCGUGGUACUGGUCUGAGUUCAACCAUCACUGCAGGAACUCUGGCUCGUCAAGGCGACGCUAUCAAGCAGGCUGAAUAUCUCAAGAACUUCCGGGCGGAUAGCAUUGUCCGUGACUGUGAAGCUAUUCGUAAAUGCCUGACCGAGGAUUAUCCCGAGGAUCAGCGCAAAUGGAGUGUUAUCGGCCAAAGCUUCGGAGGCUUCUGCGCUGCUACUUAUCUGUCCAAGUUCCCCGAUGGCUUGAAAGAAGCUUUCCUCUGCGGUGGGUUGCCACCAAUGGUCAGCGAUCCGGACCCUGUCUAUGCUCGGACCUACGAAAAGGUCGAGGAGAGAAACGAGGCAUAUUAUGCCAAGUUCCCCGAGGACGUUGAGCGUGUCAAGAAGAUCAUUCAGUAUCUGACCGAGAACAAGAUCUCCCUGCCAUCUGGAUACCUCACUCCCUCACGUUUCCAGCAACUUGGCAUUGUUUUCGGGUUCCACGGUGGUCUCGAUAGUUUGCACGAAAUCGUCCUAAGAACCUGGAACGACUUGGAGAUUUUCGGCUCUCUAACAGUCCCAACUCUUGCUCUGAUCGACAGCACUGGCGGCAUGGACAAGAACGUAAUCUACGCUAUUCUGCAUGAGGCUAUCUACUGUCAAGGCAAACCCUCGCUCUGGGCUGCCGACAGACGCCGCGCCGAGAACACGCGAUUCCAAAUCAACGGAUCUCAGGCGGAAAUUUACUUCACUGGAGAGAUGGUCUUCAAGGAUAUGUUUGAAUCGUACUCGGAGCUCAAGGAAAUUCGGGAAGCGGCCGAAAUCCUCGCCACCACUAGCGACUGGCCUGCCCUCUACGACGAGGCGCAGCUGGCCAAGAACGAGGUGCCGGUAUAUGCUGCCACUUAUAUCGACGACAUGUAUGUGCAUUUCGACCUGGCAUGCAACACCGCAGCCAAGAUCAAGGGCACCAAGCAGUUCAUCACCAACACCUUGUACCAUGAUGCUCUGCGAAGCAAGUCGGAAGAAGUCAUGCGGCAACUUUUCAACCUUCGGGAUGACUCUAUUGACUAG